ACGACAGCCGACCUCGUCCAUCAAUUCAAAAUGUCCGCCCCCAAGUCCGGAAAGGGUCGUUCGGCCAUCGCCGACGUUGUCGCCCGCGAGUAUACCAUCAACCUUCACAAGAGAUUGCACGGUGUUUCCUUCAAGAAGCGCGCUCCCCGCGCCAUCAAGGAGAUCAAGGCCUUCACCACCACCGCCAUGGGCACCAAGGACGUCCGCAUCGACCCUGCCCUGAACAAGAAGGUCUGGGAGGCCGGCAUCAAGGGUGUUCCCUUCCGUCUCCGCGUCCGCAUCUCCCGCAAGCGUAACGAUGACGAGAACGCCCAGGAGAAGCUCUACUCCAUCGUUGAGGCCAUCAACGUCAAGAACCCCAAGGGUCUCCACACCUCCGUCGCCGAGGAGGCUUAAAUUCAUUAAUUUCAAUUAACGUGGAUGGUAUUAAACAAAAAAAAUUCAAUGUUCGCGGAUGGGGGCAUGGACGUUUUUUUUAGGACAUGGAGACAAGAAAGAAAUCUCAAUCGCCGCUUGUAACUUGGGCCUUUGAAUCCUGUCGAAUGAGAUGCUGAACAAUUUUAAAAACAUGGAAAAAACGAAAAAGUUCUAUUUUUCUCAAAUAUACCCCCUUUCCUUUGGAGGAUCGUUUCUUAA